AUGGCUUCCAUCGCUGAAACGACGGCCACCAUCGUGCCCGUCACAGAGGGCAAACUUGCUCUUACCGGCUCAGAGCGUGCUCCUCUGAAGCUAAGCGGUGCUCUCGACGCGUUUGAAUCAUUCGAAGUCACGCCCGUUAUUGGACGCGAGUUCCCGAACGCGAGCUUGAAGGACUUCCUGCGUGCUCCGAACUCUGAUGAGCUGCUCCGUGACUUAGCAAUCACUGUCUCCCAGCGCGGAGUCGUCUUCUUCCGCAAACAAGAUGGCCUAGACAAUGAUUUGCAGAAAGAACUAGUGCAGCGACUAGGAGAACUAUCCGGCAAGCCCAAGACAUCAGGUCUACACAUCCACCCCAUCGUCAACUCGGGGCGCGAAACCGGCGUCCAAGAUGACGAAAUCAGCGUUAUCAGUUCGAGGCUGCGGACACAAUUCUACUCCGACCGUAACCAGCGCAAGCAAAGCGCUCGCCGAGAAUGGCAUAGCGAUAUCACUUUCGAGCCGAUUCCGAGUGAUUACACUAUUCUCCGACUAACGGAGCUACCUAAGUCCGGUGGUGAUACCCUCUGGGCAUCCGGAUACGAAGUAUACGACCGCAUCUCGGAACCAUACCAGAAGUUCCUGGAGAGUCUGACGGCAACAUAUGCUCAGCCCAACUUCAACGAGAUCGCCAAGAAAAACAACUUCAAUGUUCACCUGGGACCGCGCGGUGCGCCCGAGAAUGUGGGCGAGGUACUAAGUGCUCAGCACCCUGUUAUUCGGACGAAUCCUGUUACGGGCUGGAAGAGCGUGUUUGCUGUUGGAACGCACGUGGAGAGAGUUAAUGACGUCUCUGAUGAAGAGAGUAAACAUCUCCUGGACUGGUUUGUCAAUUUGAUUCAGGAUAAUCACGAUCUCCAAGUGCGAUUCCGCUGGCAGAAUCCGAAUGAUCUAGCCAUCUGGGAUAACCGGUCUGCUUAUCAUGCUGCCACUUGGGAUUAUGAUGAUCUUGGCCCUCGUACGGGUCAUCGUGUUGUUGGUCUCGGCGAGAGGCCUUACUUUGAUCCUAACAGUGUGAGUAGACGGGAAGCGUUGGAGAAGGGUGAAUAA